AUGGAGAGAAACCAAUUUGUUAUCGAAGCAGCAGAAGUUAAAUCAAUGACGAAAGAAUCAGGGCUUUCCGUUCUGCAACUUGUACCAUGCCUUGUGAAAUCAGCCCAGAAACUUGCCAGGCCUCCAAUAUCCAAGUACCAUGUCGGAGCAGUCGGAUUAGGUUCCGGUGGACGGAUUUUCCUGGGUGCGAACGUUGAAUUCCCUGGUCUUCCCCUGCACCAUUCCAUCCACGCAGAGCAAUUUCUGGUGACCAACGCUGCCAUCCAUGGCGAGACACAACUGAAAUACAUCGCCCUCUCAACUGUCCCCUGCGGUCAUUGCCGCCAGUUCUUGCAGGAGAUUCGCGGCGCUUCCGAGAUCAAGAUCCUCGUCUCCUCUAUCGAGAAUGUCGGAGGAGGCCAUCAAAACGGCGAAGACGAAGACGAAACCUUCUCAUUCCGGCCUCUCUCCACCUUCCUCCCUCAUCGAUUCGGCCCCAACGAUCUCCUUGACAGGGAUGUCCCUUUGCUACUAGAGCCACGUCACAACGCUCUCUCUUUCAUCGACAACAACCAUGAGAACAACAUCGUCAUUGGAGACAUCAACUGUAACGGCGAUGUUGCAGAUCACGAGAAGAAGUUGAAAUGUGCAGCCCUGGAGGCAGCCAACGAAUCACAUGCUCCCUACAGUGUGAGCCCUUCAGGAGUGGCGCUCAUGGAUGUAGAGGGCAGAAUCUAUAAAGGGUCGUACAUGGAAUCAGCGGCGUAUAAUCCGAGCUUGGGACCCGUACAGGCGGCGCUGGUGGGGUAUGUGGCGGCGGGUGGCGGAGGAGGGUAUGAUAGGAUCGUGGCAGGGGUUUUGGUGGAGAAGGAAGGAGCGAUUGUAGUGCAAGACGGCACGGCACGGCUUCUGAUGCUCUCUGUUUCGCCCAGAUGUGAUUUUCGUGUAUUUCGUUGCAGAGCUUCUUCUUCAUCUUCUUACAACUGUAAAGAUAAAUCCACUUAGAUGAUGUGGUUGGCCAUU